AUGGCUGAGCCAUCUCUACCAGAAAUGACCCCGCAGUUCAUUGCGUACAGCAAUGGACCAACUCUCCUAGCACAGGUUGCUCCUAUAUACACAAUAGCGGCUUUAGUCAUUUUAGGAAGGUGUUAUGUACGAGCUGUUAUUGUCAAGUCGUUUCGAUGGGACGAUUGGACGAUGGUCGUGUGUUUGGUAUUUGCAACAGUGUGCUUUGCAGCGUACGUGACUGAGAUCCACUUAGGUGUCGGGAAGCACGUCGCUGUAAUCACUUCCGACAAACCGCGAUAUGUGCAGCUCCUGAAGUUUCGCCUGGUACAUAUGACUACCGUCAGUGUCGGAAUCGUUCUGGUAAAGGUCUCGGUUUGUCUCUUCCUGUUGCGUCUGGUCACAAGGAGUGCACAAGUCUGGUUUCUCUGGGGUGUAAUCUGCUUUCUGGUUCCUUUUGUAUCGGCAAGUCUAGGAACAUUGAUCUUCCAGUGUAAUCCGAUCGCAGCUGCGUGGGAUAUUGACUUGCAACCCCCGCCUACUGGGACAGGCACCGCGAAAUGCUUUAGUGGUGACACUUUCGAUGCUAUCGGACUUUUCAAUGGCAUUGUGAACAUCUCUACCGACUUCCUCCUCGCCCUUGCUCCCAUACCUUUGAUCUGGAAGCUUCAAAUGCCGCUCCGUACGCGUCUCUCCCUCGUCGCCGUUCUCUCUCUUGGUAUAUUUGCAGCCGUCGCUGGGAUCAUUAGACAGCUUUCCUCCAGUCAGUUCGGCGUUCCAGAGCCAUAUAUCUACGACUCAUAUUCUAUCUGGAACUUCAUCGAGCUUGACAUGGGUAUCAUCGCUGCGUCACUGCCAGCUCUCAAACCACUGUUCAGCUGGUUCCGCGACACUGCCCAAGGCUUGACUGGAAAGUCAAAAUCGGCCAGCGCGGAGGGUUAUCAGAGACAGUUGCGUCCAGUGACCGAUGAUGGCUUUGCCUUGAUAGAAUAUGGAUCGAGAGGAGUGGUCAGGGUCACGUCACGUCCGAAGGAGCGUGUUGACAAAUGGGCUUUCGCUUGGGCGAAGAGCAGUUUUGAAAGCAUUUUACCGCGUGAUGGAAGGCCGAGGAAAACGGGCAUUACGGUCACAAAGAGCGUGCAGGUACAAUGA